GGAAGUAUCGUCCAUCUCUCUCUUUCUUCUUGUUUCCCUACUGCCGUAAGGCUUGAUACAAGGUUGUAUCAACUGGUGCUUUCAUUGACGUACUCAUGGCUGAUUCCGGAGCCCCUUCUGAUGCCUUCACUCUCGCCGAUAUCAUGGGUGCUAUUGCGGAAUUGCAAAAUGAUUUGCAGACCACCAAAACGAGGGUGGCGGAACUGGCUGUGGCCAAUCGGCCAGGCACAGAACCCCAGCGUCGUUAUCCGGCGCAGUUUACUCCUGGGUGGCGGCCUCCUCCUUCCCGCACGACACCACCCACACUCGAUCCUGCUCCACGGAUGCGGGUGGAUGCUCCUCGUUUUUCCGGUGAGGAUCCGAAGGGUUGGAUUUUUAAGGUACAAAGAUAUUUUGAUUACUUCCUCACCCCGGAACCGGAACGGUUACAAUUGGUCGCCAUGCUCAUCGACCACCCCGCAUCGGAAUGGUUUCAUUAUUUCCAAGCUAAUAAUCCCGGGGCCACUUGGCCCGAGUUCUUGGAUGCGGUACAACAACGUUUUGAUUCAAGCUAUUAUGAGAAUUAUAUUGGAGUGUUAUCUAAGUUAUCACAGACCUCUUUUGUUAUGGACUAUCAAUCGGCUUUCGAGACCAUUCUCAAUAAGGUUUCGGGGGUACCCGAGGCAACUCUUAUUGCCAUGUUCAUUGCAGGGCUCAAGCAACCGGUGCGCCGCGAGGUAAAUUUACAGAACCCGUCCACCCUCGCCUCUGAUUUUGCCCUCGCCACAGAGCUGUCGGCGUGUCAUGAAGAGGCCGCGCCGUCUUAUUCUGCCAACAAGAAGCCAUGGCAGUCCCGGCAGGUUUUCACCCCAGGCACGGGUAUUCUGCCCACCCCAGUCCCCACCCCACGGCAACCUCAGAUCACAGGCCGACCGGGGGACAAGGCUUCUCUUCCAGUGGUUCGUUUGUCCCCAGCCGAAAAGACGGAGCGCAAUAAGAAAGGGCUCUGUUGGUACUGCGAUGAAAAAUGGGUACCGGGACAUAAUUGUAAACACCAUUUUUUGGUUCUUAUGGGCCCCGAUGAUGACGACGAGAUUAGCAGCGAUCUCCCCACAACAAAUCUCACCGAGGAUACAAUCGCAGGGGAUGUUUCGAGCAUAUUAUCCUUGGCAGGUAGUCCUCGAUCGUUGAAGAUGGCCGGCUCUAUCAAUGGUGUGGCCGUUCAAGUGUUGCUGGAUGGGGGCAGUACCCACAAUUUUUUACAUCCUGCGGUGGCCGAACGGUUGGCGUUAGUUCUACAUCCUACCCCGGCUUUUCGAGUCUACGUGGGUAACGGUGAUUCUUUACGUUGCGCCUAUUCUUGCCCGCAGACCCCUUUAUCCCUACAAGGCCACGUCUUUGAGGUGGAUCUUUAUGUUCUUGCUAUCUACGGACCAGAUGUAGUACUCGGCGUUCAGUGACUUCAAACACUCGGCAAAAUAUCUCAUGAUUAUUCGGAGAUGACCAUGGAAUUUGCUUGGCAGGGCCGUACCGUACUAUUACUCUGCGCGGUGACACCCCUACUCCACGUCCCAUUUCCUAUAGUCAGUUCUGUGCUCUC